GUAACAGAAGGAAAAAUGGAAGUAUUUCAGGAACUUCGAAAGCCAUCAGCACGUUUGGAGUGUGACCACUGCAGUUUCAGGGGCACAGAUUAUGAAAAUGUACAGCUCCACAUGGGUACUAUCCAUCCAGAAUUUUGUGAUGAAAUGGAUGCUGGUGGGUUAGGUAAAAUGAUAUUUUACCAGAAAAGUGCAAAGCUAUUUCACUGUCAUAAGUGCUUCUUCACCAGCAAGGUAUAUGCUAAUGUAUAUCAUCAUAUCACAUCCAAACAUGCAGCCCCAGAGAAAUGGAAUGAUAAACCAAAAAAUCAGUUGAACAAAGAAAUAGAUCCUGUGAAAAGCCCUCCUCCCCCUGAUCAGCAGAAAAUACUCUCUAAUUCAGCAGAACUGAAGUCUACACCUGUCUUUUCUAUAGAAACUCAGAAAGUUAACCCAGAAUCACCAAAACCUACUGUUACUCCCCUGGAGCCUCAGAAACCUUGCCCUGUUAUUUCUUCUGAACCACAGACACCUUGUCUUACAUCUCCCGAGCCUCCAAAACCUGCCUCUGUUUCUUCUCCUGAACUUCCAGACCCAGUUCCUGUUGUGUCUGAAUCUCAGAAACCUGUGGCUGUUCCUUCUCCAGAACCACAGAAGCAUACUCCUGUAUCUACUGAACCAAUAAAGACUACUCUUAUUAACACCAAACCCCAGAAACACUCUCAUUUUCCAGAAACAUUGGGGCCACCUUCAGCCUCAUCUCCAGAGUCACCGGUUCUAGCAACUUCCCCUGAACCUUGGGGACCAUCCCCAGCUGCGUCUCCAGAAUCUCGGAAAUCAGCCCAGACUGUCUCCCCUGAGCCCAGGAAACCAUCCCCAUCUGAGUCUCCUGAAUCUUGGAAGUCAUUCCCUGCUGUCACCUCAGAGCCUAGGAGACCAGCCCCAGCUGUGUCACCAGGUUCUUGGAAGGCAGGGCCACCUGGGUCUCCUAGACCUUGGAAAUCUAGUCCUUCAGCUUCAUCAGGACCUUGGAAGCCAGCUAAACCUGCUCCAUCUGUGUCUCCUGGGCCUUGGAAACCAAUUCCUUCUGUAUCACCUGGACCUUGGAAACCAAAUCCUUCUGUGUCCCCUUCAUCCUGGAAGUCUUCAUCAGUGUCACCUAGUUCCUGGAAAUCUCCCCCUGCAUCUCCUGAAUCAUGGAAAUCUGGCCCACCAGAACUCCGAAAGACAACUCCUACCUUAUCACCUGAACAUUGGAAGGCAGUUCCCCCAGUGUCCUCUGAGCUCCGUAAAACAGGACCUCCCUUGUCUCCUGAGAUUCGCAAACCAGGCCAACCAGUAUCCCCAGAGAUCCGCAGCCCAGCGGGAUCUCCAGAACUCAGAAAACCCUCAGGUUCACCAGAGCUUUGGAAGAUUUCUCCUGAUCAACGGAAAACUUCUCCUGCCUCUCUUGAUUUUCCUGAGACCCAGAAAAGUUCCCGUGGUGGUUCUCCUGAUCUCUGGAAGUCUUCCUUUUUUAUUGAGCCUCAGAAACCUCCUGUCUUCCCUGAAACUCGGAAAGCAGGUCCUUCUGGGCCAUCUGAAUCCUCUAAAGCGACCUCGGAGAUCUGGAAGCCUGUCCUCUCUAUGGAUACCGAGUCUAGAAAGCCUACCCUUUUUUCUGAGCCCACCAAAACCGCUCCACCUGCUGCUGCUGAACCACGAAAACGUGCUCUUUUUCCAGAGUCCAGGAAGCAUGCCCUUUACCCUGAACUUCCUAAAUCUGCUGUGUUCUCAGAAUCUCAGAAGGCAGUUGAGCUUAGUGAUGAACUGCAAAUAGAUGCAAUAGAUGAUGAAAAGUGUGGUAUCUUGGUUCAGGAAGAACUUCUAGCUACACCCAAGAAACUUUUAGAGGACACUUUAUUUCCUUGCUCAAAGAAGCUCAAGAAAGACAACCAAGAGAACUCGGAUGCUGAACUUAGUAGUAGUGAAUAUAACAAGACAGAUUUGGAUGCAAUAGAUAUUAAGGGCCAGGAAUCGAGCAGUGAUCAAGAACAAGUUGAUGUGGAAUCUAUUGAUUUUAGUAAAGAGAACAAAAUAGAUAUGACUAGUCCAGAGCAGUCCAAAAACGUAUUACAAUUUACUGAAGAAAAAGAGGCUUUUAUCUCUGAAGAGGAGAUAGCAAAAUAUAUGAAGCGUGGAAAAGGAAAAUAUUACUGUAAAAUUUGUUGCUGUCGUGCUAUGAAAAAAGGUGCUGUUUUGCAUCAUUUGGUUAAUAAGCAUAAUGUUCACAGCCCUUACAAAUGCACAAUUUGUGGAAAGGCUUUUCUUCUGGAAUCACUCCUUAAAAAUCAUGUUGCUGCCCAUGGGCAAAGUUUACUUAAAUGUCCGCGUUGUAAUUUUGAAUCAAAUUUCCCAAGAGGCUUUAAGAAACAUUUAACUCACUGUCAAAGCCGGCAUAAUGAAGAGGCAAAUAAAAAGCUAAUGGAAGCUGUUGACCCACCCCUGGAGGAGCAGCAGAUUUAA